AUGCUGCUCCGAGGAUUCCAGCAGGCGAAUGUGCUUGUUCUCAGCUCUGCUCUGGCUAAAGACUUUGAAGCAUUCUGUAUCAAAAACACGGCUCCCUUACCGCUUCUGUUUAUGAGCGAGCGUGGACAGAUGUCGUGUGAGGCUGUGGCUCAACAAGCAGACGUUACGAUGGACAUUUCCCAGUACUGUGUGUAUGAACACGGCAAGAUGUUGAAAACUGUCUCCAAUCUGAAUGAGUACAAAUGUUGCCUUAGGGACAUGGUAUGUUUCUAUCUGGGCUGCAGUUUUGGGUUUGAGGGGAAACUGAAGGAGGCUGGAGUUCCUCUGAGGAAUGUGGAGCAGGACGUAAAUGUCAGCAUGUAUAGAACCACUGUGCCUUGUGCACCAGCAGGAGUCUUUCACUGUCCCAUGGUGGUGACCAUGCGUCCUGUUCCGGCUGAAAUGAUCGACACAGUGGUGGAGGUCACACAUCUGAACCCCCUGGCGCAUGGAGCCCCUAUUCACAUUGGCGACCCAGCUCUGUUGGGGAUCCGGGACCUGUCCAGACCGGACUAUGGGGACCGAGUGCAACCAGAGUCCGGCGACGUGCCCGUGUUCUGGGCUUGUGGAGUGACGGCCGUGGAAGCAGUUCUCAGCAGCAAGCCGCCGUUGGCCUUCAGUCACUCUCCAGGGUCCAUGUUCCUCACAGACCUCCCAGACUCCUCCCCUGCUCUGGGCCUGGACCCCCAUCUCACCCCCCUGAGCUUCAGACUGUCCCACUGCCCUCUGCUCUACAGCUUAGCAUCAAUAAGAGCCGUGAACAAGAUCAGAGCACUGGAAAAGAUUAUUGGAGAAGACCCAGUCCUCCAGAUGAGGACAAGAUGGGGCCUCUGGAGCUGUUGCCCUGGGCGAACUUGCUGUUGUCCUGGGCAAACGGGUAAAAAACAAGUGACGGACCGGAGGAGGCCUCCAGCUGACCCAGGACAUAUCAACCGAGGCGUGAGCUAG